UGUUUGACUGUCCUGAUGCAACAAACUAUUAAUUAUGGCUAAACUCUGCCUACUUCUACAAUUUAUAUUCUUAAAAUUCAAUGUGAAACCUAACCAUAACGACACUGCUAAACGUAUGCCUAACACUAGACAUAACAGUUUUUUCAUACAUUUUUACGAUAUAGCCAAUUUUUCCUUUGUGGCUGUGGAUUCUAGUGGAAACCACUUCCCACCCGGGGCGUUUCUCCCACGAGCAAGUGUGCUUGUUUGUAACCACGGCAACGUUGGUCGAGCAAAGGCAAAACAAGGUAAUUCCCCCCAAAAUUCCCAAGCAUGACUGCAACAAUGUCCAAGUCUCCUGGGGCUGGCAUGUAUCCCCCAGUAGCAAAACUCAACUUGGCUGCAGACCCCAGGAAGAUGCGCAGGAUCAUUGCAGAAGAUCCAGAGUGGUCCCUCACUGUAGUGCCCCUUUUAUCCAACCUCUGCCUGCAACACAUAGUGAGAAACUUUCAGGAGAAGCCCAUCCUCGAAGAACUUCUUCCCAGGCACAAAGACUAUGUCCUGGAGAGGCUCUCUCCGUCCCUGCCCCUGCAGGUGACUGCCAACCUGAUCAGCGACGACGGCUACUGGAAGCGCUGCUGCAAACAGCGCUGGGGCCUGUGUGACGUCUCCUCAUACGGCCACAGCUGGAAGCGCAUGUUCUUUGAGAGGCACCUGGAGAACAUCAUCGAGCUCUACAUUCCUGAUGCCACUGACCCCAAGACGGUGCUGGGCAUGGUGCCUCUGUGCCGGAACUACGUGAAGAGGCUGGACAUCUCACAGCUGAUGCCGCCAAUCAAGGAACCCCAGAAGUCAGAGGACGAUGACAACUCGGACUCGGCCAGCGACAUGGGCAUGGAUGGGCCAUCCAUGGAUCACUUUGACUUUGGCAUCCUGCUGGACAAGCUGAGCCAUCUGGAGGAGUUUCACGUGGUCUACCGGGUCAAGGGAUGCGGCAUGAACUUUGAGUGGAACCUCUUUGAGUUCACCUUCCGCGACUGCGAGUCUCUGGCCAAGGCCUUGAAGUCCUGUAAGACCUUGAGGGUGCUGAGGAUCCACCAAAGCAAAGUGGAUGACGAGAAGUGUCGUCAGCUUGUGAACAACCUCCUGGACCACCCGUCCCUCAGGGAGCUCAACCUCUCCCACAACCUCAUCGGGGACCGGGGCGCCCGGGCCAUCGGCAAGCUGCUCAACAGGAGUAAGCUGGAGAGACUCACUGUCUACGACAACAACAUUCGGGGGCCGGGGGCCCAGGCUAUAGCCUAUGCCCUGGCCAAGAAUUCCAGCCUGCUGUCCCUCAACCUGCGUCUGAACCGGCUGGGGGACGAAGGUGGCCAGGCCAUCGCCCAGGCCCUGCUGAAGAACCGCACCCUGAAAUGGCUGCACCUGGGAGGCAACGAAAUGACAGAGCCCACAGCCACGGUCCUAUCCCAAGUCCUGGUCCAGAAUAAUACGCUGAGGAGCAUCAACCUGUCCUGUAACAGGCUGGGUAUGGAUGGUGGUAAAGUGUUGGAGGAGGGCAUGUGUCACAACAGCAGCAUGGUGGAGUGUGAUAUCCGCCUGACAGAGGUGGGCCAGGAGAGCGACUACUGCAUCAGCCAGGUGGUACGCAACAAUCGGAACCAAGCACACAGGAAACACAACACAGAUGAGAACCUAGCCUAAACCUCAGAGCAUUAUUACAUACAAGGAAGAAGAAUCAUCACUGAAUUAUCACAGUGAAUUAUUGUAAUGUUUGUUUAUGUGUCAAUUAAUCCCAUUGGGGGAUGGGUUGCCAGCUGGCGAUUUGACAUGAAAAUACAUUUUCAUUCAUUCAUAUAAACAUACAGCCCAUUUGUGUUCACCAAAGUGCCACUUUGUCAUAUAUUCUAGACAGGAUGCCUACUAUUUGUUUCAUAUCUGCAAAGUUGUUAAAUGUAGCGAUGUCUAUAAUGUGUUACCACUGAAAUCAGAAUUGAGCUAAAUAGGCUACACCACUGUACCUUUGGCCCAUGGAAAAUAACCCCAGUUUAUUAGGAUGUAAUAAAUGGGCUUGGUCCGAAGGUCAGGGAUGAAUACUGACAUAGGUGUUAUUCUGGGAUGACUUCAGGUUGUUGAGAUCCACCACUGAGCUAUGGGGCACCUUCACUGUAUGUAGGCUACUCAUUGUUUGUAUUCACUGUUUAGUAAAUGUACAAAGUGGAGUUAUAUAUUUAAGGAAUAAGGCCCAAGGGGGUGUGGUAUAUGGCCAAUAUACCACGGCUAAGGGCUGUUCUUGGGUACGACGCAACGCGCAGUGCCUGGAUACAGCCCUUAGCUGUGGUAUAUUGGUCAUAUACCACAAACGCCCAAGAUGCCGUAUUGCUAUUAUAAAUGGGUUACCAACAUAAUUAGAGCUGUAAAACUAAAUGUUUUGUCAUACUCGUGGUAUACCACGGCUGUCAGCCAAUCAGCAUUCCGGGCUUGAACCACCUAGUUUAUAACAGCAUAUAAAUUAGGUUGGAAAGUUGGAUAUACUGGUAAAUAUAGGCUUUAUAUUCUUCUACCACAUGGGUUUCAGUGUGUACAUGUUAUAUGUCGUAUGUAAAAAGACACAUUAUGUUUCAACAAUUUCACAAGCUGUUUUAUUGAGUUAGCCUUUUUUCACUUUUGAUACACAGAUUUGGUUUGCGGUCAUUGUAACUGUAUUAUGCAACAUCAAGGCAACAUUGUGAUAGUGUCAAUAUACAGUUGAAGUCAGAAGUUUACAUACACUUAGGUUGGAGUCAUUAAAACUUGUUUUUCUUCCACUCCACUUGUUAAUUAACAAACUAUAGUUUUGGCAGGUUGGUUUGGACAUCUACUUUGUGCAUGACAGAAGUAAUUUUUCCAACAAUUGUUUACAGACAGAUUAUUUCACUUAUAAUUCACUGUAUUACAAUUCCAGUAGGUCAGAAGUGUACAUACACUAAGUUGACUGUGCCUUUAAACAGCUUGGAAAAUUCCAGAAAAGGAUGUCAUGGCUUUAGAAGUUUCUGAUAGGCUGAUUGACAUCAUUUGAGUCAAUUGGAGGUGUACCUGUGGAUGGAUUUCAAGGCCUUCCUUCAAACUCACUGCCUCUUUGCUUGACAUCAUGGGAAAAUCAAAAGAAAUCAGCCAAGACCGCAGAAAACAAAUUGUGGACCUCCACAAGUCUGGUUCAUCCUUGGGAGCAAUUUCCAAAUGCCUGAAGGUACCACGUUCAUCUGUACAAACAAUAGUACGAAAGUAUAAACACCAUGGGACCACGCAGCCGUCGUACCGCUCAGGAAGGAGACGCGUUCUGUCUCCUAGAGAUGAACGUACUUUGGUGUGAAAAGUGCUAAUCAAUCCCAGAACAACAGCAAAGGACCUUGUGAAGAUGCUGGAGGAAACAGGUACAAAACUGUCUAUAUCCACAGUAAAACGAGUCCUAUAUCGACAACCUGAAAGGCCGCUCGGCCAGGAAGAAGCCACGACUCCAAAACCACCAUAAAAAAGCCAGACUUCGGUUUGCAACUGCACAUGGGGACGAAGAUUGUACUUUUUCGAGAAAUGUCCUCUGGUCUGAUGAAAGAAAAAUAUAACUGUUUGGCCAUAAUGACCGUCGUUCUGUUUGGAGGAAAAAGGGGGAGGCUUGCAAGCCGAAGAACACCAUGCUAACUGUGAAGCACGGGGGUGGCAGCAUCAUGUUGUGUGGGUGCUUUGCUGCAGGAGAGACUGGUGCACUUUACAAAAUAGAGGGCAUCAUGAGGAACGAACAUUAUGUGUAUAUAUUGAAGCAACAUCUCAAGACAUCAGUCAGGAAGUUGAAGCUUGGUCGCAAAUGGGUCUUCCAAAUGGACAAUGGCCCCAAGCAUACUUCCAAAGUUGUGGCAAAAUGGCUCAAGGACAACAAAGUCAAGGUAUUGGUAUGGCCAUAACAAAGCCCAUGACAUCAAUCCUAUAGAAAAUUUGUGGGCAGAACUGAAAAAGCAUGUGUGAGCAAGGAGGCCUACAAACCUGACUCAGUUACACCAGUUCUGUCAGGAGGAAUGUGCCAAAAUUCACCCAACUUAUUGUGGGAAGCUUGUGGAAGGCUACCCGAAACGUUUGACCCAAGUUAAACAAUUUAAAAGCAAUGCUACCAAGUACUAAUUGAGUGUAUGUAAACUUCUGACCCACUGGGAAUGUUAUGAAAGAAAUAAAAGCUGAAAUAAAUCAUUAUCUCUACUAUUAUACUGACAUUUCACAUUCUUAAAAUAAAGUGGUGAUCCUAACUGAUGUCAGGAAUUGUGAAAAAUUGAGUUUAAAUGUAUUUGGCUAAGGUGUAUGUAAACUUCCGACUUCAACUGUACAUGCAGACUUGCAGUUUUGCCCUAUAUUUAUUAUUUAGUAGUCACACACUCAACCUGUGAUCCACCUUACCUAGGCAGUACAAAACAUGUUUCCUGACUGUAGAUCUUGCUGCAAGGACCAGCAAUCUAUGACAUUGAGAGAGUAAGAAUAAUGCAGGCAGAGCAAUGUUCUCAGUAUGGUCAGAAUAAACUUAACAAUACGUGUCUCUCAAAUGGCACCCUAUUCCCUAGAGAGUGUACUACUUUUGACCAAGGCCCAGAAUACAUAGAUCUUUAAACCCAGAGGGAUAUGUUUGAAAGUAGAGCACUACGUAGGAAAUAGGGUGCCAUUUGGGACGCAACCAAUGUAACUAGCCUGAAUGACAGUCUAAGAUAGUGGAAUAUUGAUCAAAUAAGUCAGCGGUUGGCUUCCUUAUGUAAAAAGUUGUCUGCACUCAAAUCUGCGGCUUUGACCUCCAUACAAAAAUGUGUUAUCUCUUCCAGCCUUUCCCCUAUCAAGAAAGAGUGUUAAAACAUACCAAUAAUGUUGAAGGAAAUAAUCAACAGUGCUCUGCCAUUGCAAAGUAAGUGUAUAUCUCAUACAGCAUCAGAUUGGCCGCAGGGUCUGCAAUUGAAAUUGUACUGUAUUUACAAGAUUCAUUUUCCUAGUACAACACCAUUUUAUAUAGAAAUGUGUCGAUUGUUGAUCUGAAAACCCGAAACACUUCCCUGUUGUCGAGUACAUUUGAGGAUUAGCAGUGUUUAAUAAAACACCACAUUUUAUGCAUUUACUGGUGACACAAUCGACUAAGCACAAGAAACACGACGACAGUCCUAACCUACAAUCUCUGUAUUACUUACAGUACAAAAUCGUUCUCCUGCAGUCCUGUUUUAAGCCACAAAAUUAUACACAACAUUAUAAAAAAGAGGAGCCCCAAAAGCAUUCUGGGUGUGAGAGUACAUACAGUAUUAUAAGGUAUUACUCCACUUUGUACACACAAUAGAGGGUUCCAUGUAGGGUUGCAAAAUUCCGCUAACUUUCUCAAAAUUCCCAGGUCUUUCAGAAAUCCUGGUUGGAAGAUUCAGGAUUUCCUGGUUAUGCCCUCCUGUUUCUGGGAAUUUACCAACCGGGAUUUUGGGGAAAGUGACCGGAAUUUUGCAAGCCUAGUUCUAUGUUACAUUAGGAUAAAGGGUUCGAAGUUAACAGUCUGUGGUAGGAAAAGAUUUUCAGUUUUUUGAAUUGUUAUUAAAAAAACUCAGUUUGAUAA